AUGGCCGAUGUUGAUAAACUCAAUAUAGACAGUAUCAUCCAGCGUCUUUUAGAAGGUAAGAAGACUACACCAAUGUAACGUUAUUUAUGCAGUAAUAUUAUCGGUUCACUUUGUUAGUGAGAUCACUGUUUGCUAGUUUUAGCUAGCGAACGUCGUUAGCUGUUGAUGUCGCAUGUUGACUGGGUAUAUUUUAGCUAACAUUAGCUAGUAGUUAACGUUAGUGCAUGCUGUUGUUGCCAUAGUUAGCUAAUGUUAACGUAAAGCUAGUUAGCCAGCUAGCCGCCUAAACUCAACUAUUUACGAUAGAGUUGAUAGGCGACUAGUGUGGGCUGACAGGAGUUCCGAUGUCACAUAUUUUUUUUUUUUUUAUAUAUAUAUAAAAUAACUACCGUAUACCUAGGCAGCCGAUAGUGGGCGCUAGAUCUGCACUAUCGUCCCCCUGGCCUGGACCGUCUCGUACUAAAGCAUUCUCCAUUCAGGCUGCAAAGUCAAAGGCAUACGUUUUAUUAAGACUAUACACAUAUUUUUCCAGUUUCUUUUCCGACGGCCUGCAAUAAAGCUAGUUACAUUUUACAUGUUAGUCAUUUAGCAGACGCUCUUAUCCAGAGCGAAUUACAGUUAGUGAGUGCAUACAUUUUCAUACUGCAUCCAGGAGGCUAGUUACAUUUUACAUGUUAGUCAUUUAGCAGACGCUCUUAUCCAGAGCGAAUUACAGUUAGUGAGUGCAUACAUUUUCAUACUGCAUCCAGGAGGGAAAUGAUGCCUUUGCAGCCUGAAUGGAGGAUGCUUUUUUACGAGCCUGUCCACGGGGGACAGGAGUGUAUUUAUUACCGGCUGGGCAAAUCUAUUUUAAACGAUUGUGCAGAUCUAGCGCCCAAUAUAGGCUGCCUAGGCUACAAAAACGAAGAAUAGCUCGCAUUUACACAGGACAAUGUCCAUCGUAAAUCGUCGUUUAGUCAGUGGUGUAGUGGUGCCUGGAGAAGUGGGUAUACUCUAAUUUUGCCAAAAAUGUCCCAAAUGACCUGCCCAGUGAAGGAAAGGUGUGGGAAAAUUCGGACAAACCCUAAAUGACCUAAAAUGAGUCAGACCAACCCAAGCUGUACUAUUCAAGAAUGCAAAUAGUAGGCCAACUAUUGAAAUAGAUCAAUGAGGCUGUCAACUGAGUCUGAUUUUAAUCUGGUUUUCGAUCUCACGUUUUUUAAAUAGAAAAACAACAAAAUUGGAUGCAAGUCAACAACAAUGCUUAAACCACAUCAGGAGAUUACUUUUGAGGUCUGGGAAACAUCUAAGAUUGCUCUUUAAUUCAACUGUGCAGGCACCUAGCACUGUUUGGUUCGCAGUGUUUCUGUAGAGCACAUGAGAUGGAGUUCGCAAAACAAAUGAAUUGAUGCAAAUAAUCAUGAUAUAAUUCUUCCAGGUAGGCUAAGCUACAUUGUAGCUAGUUAACAUUUAAUUGAGAAGAGAAAGCGUCCCUAUAUUUUUCCUGAUCCUUAAUUGUUUGAAACCAGGACAUUUUACUUCAUUUUAUGAGGCAUUUCUUACCUUGCUUCAAAGUAGCCUAUAGCCAAAGUCCCACCAUAGAAACGUGGAGGCAAUUAUUUUAUAAAGUCUUCCUCAUAUGCGCUCUCCUGUUCUAUUGGUUUACAAAUGAACUUUCUUUAAUUGUCUAGCAGCCAAAGGCAUUAUCCUAGUCAUAUUAGCAACACGUGAUAGAUGUUGCUUCUUUAGAUCUCCCCUAUUUCAAAAUUUCUAACGGAUAUUUCCAUCUCUGUCCGUGAAACCUCUCAUGUGCGGUUCGCAUUUUAGAAUGGUGUUUUCCCACAAAUUGCAUUUUGGAACAUUUGCGCAUAGGCCUACCGCCAUGUGCACAUUGCUGCGAUUAAAAUGUGUAGAAAUAAUAGUUUAUCGCCUUCCGAGUGGCACAGCGGUCUAAGGCACUGCGUCGCAGUGCUGAGGUGCCACUACAGCCUGGGGAGCUGUAGUGGUGCAGCGCCAUCCAGGUUAUGGGAGGGUUUGGGGGGCUUUCCUUGGCUCAUCGCACUCUAGCAACUCCUUGUGGCGGACUGGGUGCCUGCAAGCUGACUUCGGUCGUCAGUCGAAUGGCGUUAAUAAAUCAAUAGAAAUAAAUUAGUUUAUCAACAUUUUAAGCUAAACAUUCUGAUCUGUUCCAUCAGCCUUAUACCUCCACUACACUACUUUGAUACGUAUCGUGGGGAUUAAGAAGUGAGAAUACUCAAUGCCCACAAAAAAAAGUGGGUAUACGGCAUAUACCUGCAUAUACCCUCCACUACACCACUGAGUUUAGUCGGCUAGUUAGCCAGCUAAACAAAUUAGUUUGUCCCGGUAGUCAAAUUUUUGAAAAGUUCAGUCAAAUUAGCUAGUUAGCUAACAUUGCUUUAGCUACAUGAUCCAUGGCACUGUCCCAGCUAUCUGCCUCAGUCAGUGAAAGAUUAAGUAAAUAGCAUGAGUAAUCUGAUAUGAUGGUCACCACUCACUCCCCUAUCCAGAAGACAUUAACAAGAUAUGGUGGCAAUGAGCAUGACGGCAAACUAGGUAGAUAUAUUUGCUUGUAGAUUAAUCUGAAUUGUUUCUUUUUUAGUCAGAGGCGCAAAACCUGGUAAGAAUGUGCAGCUGCAAGAGAAUGAGAUCCGAGGAUUGUGCCUCAAGUCCAGGGAGAUCUUUCUCAGCCAACCUAUCCUUCUGGAGCUUGAAGCCCCCCUCAAAGUCUGUGGUGAGUAACCAUCGCUAUUUGGUGAAAAAUAACUGUUACAUGAAGUGUCUUCUACCCCCUUAGACCCCAUGAGGGAUGUGGACUAUAGCUACAUCUUGAAGUUGAAAUUGUUUGUUUUCUGCAGGUGACAUCCAUGGGCAAUAUUACGACUUAUUGAGGCUUUUUGAGUAUGGGGGCUUCCCUCCUGAGAGCAACUACCUAUUUCUGGGAGACUAUGUGGACAGAGGGAAGCAGUCUCUGGAGACCAUCUGUCUGCUUCUAGCCUACAAAAUCAAAUACCCGGAGAACUUCUUCCUGCUGAGGGGAAACCAUGAGUGCGCCUCCAUCAACAGAAUAUAUGGAUUCUAUGAUGAGUGUGAGUGAUGUGUGCGGCUGUUGUAAUAAUUAUAGCCCUGCGCUCUCUGACAAAGUACGGCAUUUGUAUGUACAUAGAUUGCAUUUUGUUAUACGUUUGUGUUAUAUGCAUUGCCUAGCUUACUAUCAUCCUAACGUGUUAUUAUUAUUAUCCUAGGUAAAAGAAGGUACAACAUCAAGCUCUGGAAAACAUUUACAGAUUGUUUUAACUGCCUCCCUAUCGCUGCCAUUGUUGAUGAGAAGAUCUUCUGUUGCCAUGGAGGUAAGUUGCGCUGUUGUCGGUAGGUGCACUUGAUUCUUUUCAUUUCUUAGGACAAAUAAAACGCAAGACCAAACAAAUAAAUAGGAGCACAAGGCUUUAUUGUUGGCUUUUCUACAGAAAUGUUUGGCGAUCGACUAUGCCUUGACGGUUGGUGACCACUGCUCUAAGACAUUGCUAUGAUAUUGAGAAAUGUUAUUCCAAUUGUUCUUCCUGUCUUUGGAAUUUUUACACAAGUUCUGAUUGGAAUUGACCUCAUUCCGGUUGUUCAUCUGUAUUCAUCUUCUUCCGUGUCUCUCAGGGUUGUCACCAGACCUCCAGUCCAUGGAGCAGAUCAGGCGUGUCAUGCGGCCCACUGACGUCCCUGACCAGGGCCUCCUGUGUGACCUGCUCUGGUCUGAUCCAGACAAGGAUGUUCUUGGCUGGGGAGAGAACGACAGGGGCGUCUCAUUCACCUUUGGAUCAGAAGUGGUGGCAAAGUUCCUGCACAAACAUGACUUGGAUCUGAUCUGUCGCGCCCAUCAGGUAUGUUGUCUACAAACUGGUAACUGCCAAAAUAAAGAAAACACCAACAUAAAGUGUCUUAAUAGGGUGUUGGGCCACCACGAGCCAGAAUGGCUUCAAUGUGCCUUGGCAUAGAUUCUGGAUGCGACACCAUUCUUCCAUGAGAAAUGCCAUCAUUUGGUGUUUUGUGGAUGGUGUUGGAAAGCGCAGGCUCCGGCGCCGCUCCAGAAUGUUCAGUUGGUUGAGGUCUGGUGACUGAGAUGGCAUAUGGUUUACACCAUUUUCAUGCUCAUCAAACCAUUCCGUGACCACUUGUGCCCUGUUGAUGGGGGCAUUGUCAUCCUAUGGGGGCAUAGCCAUGGUAGCCAAAAUAAUAGCCUGCCCAGCAUUUAUAUACAUGACCCUAAGCAUAAUGGGAUGUUAAUUGCUUAAUUAAAGACAUGCUCCGGAACUUAGGCGACUAGUAAGUCUUUUUUAAACCUCACGCUUUGGGCUGGAUGUGUUAAUGUGUAAUUCAUAAUCUAUGAGCAGAAUUACUGUUUUACCUCAUUACUGGAAGCUGUGCGGUGCCAUUUGCCCUACAUUUUCCCCCAUGUGGGCCAGCCCAGUAGCAAUUCGAGUUCCAGCCAAUGAGCUUCAGCCCCUCGCCAUUUGAGUGACAGCUAGCAAGAUGCACACACCGCAGAGCGAGAGCGCAAUGAUGUGGUGCACAUAAUCUGUACAUAUGUGGCGUAGUACGCAAUUUUCAGGGACCACUUUUGGCUCGUGAGCACUACUUUCAGAACUACUGGCUAAAAAGUAUGCAAAAGUACCGGAGAAUCUCUAACUCAGGAACCACACCUGCCUUAAAUAUACUUUGUAUCCCUCAUUUACUCAAGUGUUAUCAUUAUUUUGGAAGUUACCUGUACAUUCAAUGGUGUUCCGAUCAGUACUGAUUAGGGCUGUCUCCGACUAAAACUAAUCUUGGUCAUAUGUUCUUUUGAUCAAUCAAUUGGUUGAAAUGUUAUAACGUGUAUUUUUCCAUAUAUAGACACACCCUAUGUUUUAAUACAAUCAACUAUAUGUAGGCUACUGAGCUUGUCUGAUGCUUUAAGCACUGCGAUUUAAAAAUAAAGACACACAAAUUACUAAAGAGGGAGCCAGAGAUCAAUAUAGUCUAACCAGAAGAAAAAAACCUGCUGCUGCUGGCCUUCGAAGAUUCUGCCCUUAUGCUCCUGAAGUUGUCGGUAAUAGGCUACAGCAGCGAUCGGCAACCUUUUCCAUUUGGAGUGCCAAGUUAUCAUAUCAUUUCUACUGAUCUGCGUGCGUGCCAGUUAUGAUUUUUCAUAUCUCAAAAUCAAUGUCAUGUGGUUAAUCAAAAUUCUAUCUAACUGAAAAUGAUACAAAUCUAAAAGUAACUUAUAUUGCCAGUAUGUAAAAAUAGCCUACAUAAGGCCAACAAAUAGAAACAUUGCAGCCUGCAGGUAGAAAAUAUCCUGAUAAAAAUAAAUAUCCUAUAAAUCACAUUUGCUAAGCAUGGCGUAUCAACUAUUAACUUGGUCCAGCCUAAGCUCAUGCUAGCAAACUUGCAACAUUGUAAAAAUAUUCUGGGCCCUCUGAGUUUCCCGAGCCAGUGAGCUCCUGACAGACAAAUAGGCUAUUUGCGCAAGGGAUAAGAAGUAAUCAGUUAGGCCUAUUUUAAUUAUGUUUCCACUGGAUCAGAGCAUGACAUUUUUUCCCCUUUCAUGCUAAGUGAUUAUCGAAAGGGAGAGAGCUGGAAAGAUUUUUCAAAUAGGCUACGUUGAGGAACUAUUGUCAUUCUCAAUGGAUGUAAAAACAGACUUUGUUUACUUGCUGUUUGAGGUCGAAGAAAAAAUUUCUUUGAGAAGCUCCACAGUGAUGGUGAGUUAAGACAAUCAGAAAUAGUAUCAGAUCCCCAAAUGGGCACAUUUUAUAGGCCUACAUUUGCACGCAGGCCAGGUAGCCUAGGCCUACUUCUGUGCAUAAUCAGGUCCUUACUCAAGAUUGACAGGAGCGCUCCAAACAAAAGACAAUGAAUAAAUUUGACAACUCAUAAAUGGAAUGAAAUAAACAAACUUGUGUAGCCUAGGUUGUGUGCUCUGCAAACGUGUCCACUCCUACAAUGAGAACGGUAAGACUGUAAUAAUAAUAAUAAUAAUAAUAAUAUAUUGAAUGCAUUAACAGAAAUGACCGUGACCAAACACAUUGUAGAUUAGAAUGGUACAUGUACUAGUGGUGAUACUGGUGUGCCAUCCCCGCGGCCUCCACAAUGGAUUAGUCCACUGAGACAGGCGUGAAUCAGACAGGUGUCUGGUGUGCCAUUAAAAACAAUAUACUGCCACUGCUCGACUAAAAAUAUAUUGGUCGACCAACAGUCUGUUGACCAGUCGACUAAAUGGGGUCAGCCCUAGUACUGAUAGUCUGGAGUGGAAUGUAUUGUUUUUAUUUCAACCGAACUGUAGUCAAUGCUCUUUUAUCCGGCAGGUUGUUGAGGACGGCUAUGAGUUCUUUGCAAAGCGACAGCUUGUGACUUUAUUCUCAGCACCCAACUACUGUGGGGAGUUUGACAAUGCUGGUGCCAUGAUGAGUGUGGAUGAGACUCUCAUGUGCUCGUUUCAGGUGAGGGAUAUUUCAAUCAUGAAUGUACUCCAUCUUAUCACAGGCAUGUAAAUGUGUCGGUGAUUGUAUUAGUACUGUUGUGUAUGGAGGUGUUAAAGGGACAUUUCACAAGUUUUCAUAUUCAUCUCCAGCACCACCCCAACAUCAACAUAUGUGAAAAUGGCUUGUUUAUAUGUUUUGUAGUAAAAAAGAUAGAGGAAGAUGUUCCAAAUGACAUCGGUGUGCAUCAUGUGAUUUUUAACCAAUUAUGUGUAGUCAUUGCCUACUAAUUGGUUGAUGUCACUGGAAACAUUUAUCUUCCUAUCUUUUUUACUACAUGCCAGAAACGUGCCAUUUUCACAUAUGUUGAUGUUGUGGUGGUGCUGGAGAUGAAGGAACAUUUAGAAAUGUCCCUUAAAACUUAUGACCGAUGUGAAGACUAUUCCAGUGGGCAAAACAUAAUCUUAGUUGGAUUACUUGUAUUCAUUCCACUUGUAGAUUUUGAAGCCAGCAGAGAAGAAGAAGCCAAAUGGCAGCCGUCCAGUCACACCCCCACGGAACAUGGUCACCAAGCAAGGAAAGAAAUAAGGUGGACUUAUGUCCUGCUCCCCGUUCUGCUUUUGUCUAUUGCAUCUGAAGGGUUGGUUGCCCUUUGUGCUGCCAAUACUGAAAAGAUAUCCACUCCAACCUGAUAAAGCGGAAUGUUUAGUUGUUUUGUCCACAAGGGUAAAUGGAUAUGUCACCAUGAAAACCUCAGGGGUUUUGCACUCCAUUGUAACUAGUCUUUGCCACAUGACUGUUCAAUCAGGAACAAUGUAACAAUAUGGCUAAUAAUGCACAGAAAUGCCUUGUUUGAAGCUGUGCACAGAUUCUUCAAUUUCUUCAUUUCAUGUCUCAUCCAUUUCUUCAUCACCUGUUUCUCACUGUCAAUGUCAAUAAUGAAAUUAAUGGUUCUUAAACAACUAUGGAACUAUCACAAGACACUUAUGUUUAUUUCGAUAUAACUUUCUUUAUCACUCUGCACCUGCAUCCUCACCAUUUUUAAAACAAGUAUUGUGCUGAAUUUAAAUGAAGAAAUAAAACAUUCUUGUAAUGUCUAAAUCUUUCUAAUAAACUUUUAGCACAUUUGAGGCGGAAAUUGGCAUUUUAAUUGUAUUUAUUUGAGGAUUACGAGAUAAGCUCAACAUUGAUUUAAUUACUCCCAUAUAUUGUGUACUACUAGAAGUGAUGUGAAAGACAUU